AAUUGCGUUCUCUGGUCGAAUAUGUCACCGCGGGACAGGAAGCACCUACAGCCAAACUACUACGAGGUGCUGGGCGUCGAGCGCUCGGCCUCGACCGACGACAUCAAAGCCGCCUACCGCAAGCUCGUUCUCGAGCACCACCCCGAUCGCCACCACACCAAGACCAGAGGCUCUGCUCGACGAAAAGAUGGCAAAGACGCGGAGAUUUUGCGUAUUAAUGCCGCGUACGACUUGCUGAGCGACAAUACUGCGCGUGUUAAGUAUGACAUGGAGAUGUUCGGCAUCUCGGCCGCCCCGGGUCAUCACGAUCGAGUGGUGGUGGGUACGGACAACUACAAACCCAUGAGCUCGGAAGACGUUCAUCAAAUGUUUGGAGGACUGAACGAGUACGAACGCUUCACCACGGCGCAAUACCACAGACAGCGAUCGCAUGUCGCCCCUGCUGCUAUCGGGCGGAGGGCGACGAAUCUCGCGGAGAGGAAGCAAUUUCGAGCGGCCAAGUCAAAGUUGCCGACACAGGGAGCGACGUUGAUGUGGCUGGCGUUUCCUGUUGCAUUGAUGGCGCUGUGGGGCGUCAAUUUGAACAGCAUUCGGAACGAAUCGAACUCGUCCCGGAGGAACAAGCAGUAGGAGAGUUAGAGGGACGGUGUUGGAUGUGAUUACGAUGCGGACCGAAUUCUUUCCAACGACUUAGAGGGCUCUUGGCUAGUGAGUGUUGUUGUGACUAUGGAGUGGACUGAGCUCUGGUGGCUCUUUCCAACGACUUCCUGGAAGAGUGAACAUUUCUAACCCUUAGUUGUCCCAACUCAAUAGUCCGCUACAGUGCAUGUACAGGUAGUUGCCGUCCUCGAAGAGUCUGCGGCCACAUUCGCUUUGGCCACGUUGACGGUGUUUGAAACCGCAACUCCAUAACAAACACGAAACGUGGCAACUUAGAUCAAUUGCUCAUCCGUGAAAAUAUGAUCGUAAUGUGGAGUGAAGUUACGGACUAGGAGGGAAAGAUAGAUAGGACAAAUGAGGGCAUCUCUACCGGUAGUUGAGUAAAACUAACCGUAAAUCUAUUCCGGACUACUUCGAAGUAAAACUAAAAA